UUAGUAGUCACAAUUGUUUUGUAAAAUGAAUGUGUAAAUAGAGUAUCCUAAUUUAGUUCGAGGUAUUUUCAUAUCUAAAGUCACAGUUUAAGUGUAUGUUUCCAAGCUGAAUGCCACAAGACAUGUUAUUCCGCCACGCCAGCAGAGGGAGCACUCCUAUAGGAAAGGAGGAAAAUGGGAGGUGCUUGUUAGUACUUCCGUGUCUCAGUCAGGUCACACCCUGAGAUGACAACGCAAUCAAGCACUUUUUGUCUCGUUUUUAUUCCUAUAAAACAGUGGCUAUCCCUGUCAGCAGGAAGGAAUAUGAGGAGUGCAGCUGCCAUAUAAGGGCAAAGCUCCAGUGUCAUCGCAGAACUUCCCAUAAUCUUCAGAAGACACCCUCCUACGCACGAGUGAUUCUGGUCUCUGUCUGCCAUACAGACAGUGGAUAAUCUUGGUUGGAACUUCCUUUGGUGGAUGUGUAGUCCAAUGCGAGGGCAGCACUGUUGGUUAUUGAUCGCAUGGUUUGGUCACCUCAGGUAUUCAGUAAUGGGCUCCAGUGGGGAAAACCAAUAUCUUGAUGCAACCGUGCAUAAUGAGUCGACCCACUACACAGUCAGUUGCUCCCUUGGGAAGAAAAAGGCAGAUCACUCACAGAAGGAUGAGCUUAACAAAAAGAAGUUUCCAGUUAAUUACUCUGGCAACAAUCCAGGCAGAGUAAAGCGAGUCGUGUCGUCUAAGCGGAAGACACGUCAUCUGAGGGUGGCUAGAAAGAAGCCGUCUGGCUCAGGCAAAGCACCUGAUGCAGCAAACAAGGAGAGUAAAAUUCCUCAAGAAAUGUUCGAUAUAGACCAUCAGGAGUCGACAGCAAAUGUAAACAGUCACCACAAUACGGGAACGACUGGUUUUGAAGAUGCUGACUCCAUGACACUUACUGAGCUUACAAGGGAUCACAGCACAGUAAGUGAAGUGCUCCUAGGAAGAAACCUGAGGCUCCAAGUGGCCUUAACACUGUGGCAGAGACAUUUUGGAGAAAUGCUAACAUACUUCUUCAGAAUCCAAGAUACUGGUGUCUUUGUCGACAUUCUCCCCCUAAUAACCAAAAGUAUGGAGGACGACUCUUCCAGCAUUACUAUCGGCUGUUGUGUGGACUUGUUCCCCUUGGUCCAGAAUGUCCUCAUCAGUCCAUAUGAAGAAUAUGUCGUCGUUGGUUUAACUUGGAUCAAUUCCGUUUUGAAACGCUGGUGGGAACAGCUUAAAGGAAGUGGCUGCACUGGAUCGACUGAGCUUCCUUUAGAUAGGACAAGGAUUCCUGGAGGAGGCCACACUGAUGGACCCCAGAAGGAUGUUCCAAUAGCAGCAGAAGUGCACCAGAAGGUUUAGAUACAGACUGGAGGAGGAUGUCUGUGUGUCCAAGCUAGUUCCACGACAAGUGAACGUGUUUUUUCCACCGUUGGCAACACGAUUAGCGAAGAGAGGGUCAGACUUGAUCCUGAAAAAGCAGACAUGCUAAUUUUUUGGAAGAACAAUAGUUGAUUGAUGACUGUGGCGUUCUUAGUGUCAUAUUGUGUGUAGUUAGUAUGUUCCAAUAGCAACAGAAGUGCACUCUUUGGAGAGCUGUAUUAUUUUCAGUUUUGUGCCCAAGGGACUGAUUUUAUUCAACACUAUAUUAUUAUUUAUACACCUAUAGUGAUCACAGAGACAGGUUGUUUUUGUGUUACUGUAUAUCUUUGUUUUUCUGAAAACCCCCACUU